AUGUUCUCAAAUUCAAAAACAACCCAUCCAUUAGCUCAAGAUAAUAAUGUACGUAUAAAAGACAUGUGGACAUCAACAUUAUAUCAUCCUGAUGAUUUAUCAUAUAACAAUCCAAAAGUUUUUACGGAUGUCUUUACACAAUUUCGAGUAACACUUGAAAAACAAAAUAUUCGAGUACGACGUUUGAUCAAUAUUCCGAGUACAUUUAAAUCAUUACCAAAUGAUUCUAUUAUAACAUUAAUACCAAAUUUAACAGAUUUUGGGUAUUCAAAUGUAAUUAUAAAUCCUAAUAGUGUAUUUCCCUUUGAAGGUGGUGAAUUAUCUGGACUUACUCAUCUACAAAAAUAUAUUUGGGAAAAAAAUUUAGCUCCAUCUUAUAAACAAACACGAAAUAGUUUAACUGGUUCAGAAAAUUCAACAAAAUUUUCUCCAUGGUUUGAUCCUAUUUCUUUACAAUCAUUAAUAUAUAUAUAA